GAACCCACGAUUCCGCGUAAACAGUAAGACCUCCUCCUCAGCGCAUCUCAUUCUCAUAGAGAGAAGAGAAGAGCGUUUACUUACCUUUCAAGGCCUAUCUCUCUCUGUCUCUCUGUCUCUCUCUCUGUCUCUCUCUGUCUCUCUCUCUCUAUCUGUCCGCGGGAUUUUUAUUUGCAAAGGGCACAUUGGCUCUCCUUAAGCAUAACGCCAAAAAACGCCUUCCUCCCUCUGCCCUCUUAUUUCUCCUCCUACUUUACUCUAUCUCUUUCUCUGUCUGAAAGGGCGAUGUUCAGAGUGGCACUGAUAUAAUUAUUAUUGGGUUAGAUAAAUAAUAGCAGAGAGAGAGAGAGAGAGAUGGGUUCAUGUGUUUCGAUUCAGAGGGACGCGGACUCCGCCAUGAAACUCAGACUGUCAUUUGGGUCCAAAACCGACAAACUCGUCAUCCCACCCUUCCCAGUCAACGACAAACUCGCCAAUGGCGACCGCCCGAUCAACGAUCCUCCUCUUAAAUCUCAUUGGUCGCCCUCUCGCUCCGCCACCGCUUUCCGGGACUAUGCAGGUAGUAGAGAGGAGGCCUUUUUUGAUACGAAGCCGUGGUUGGACUCAGAUUGUGAAGAUGAUUUCUACAGUGUCAAUGGUGACUUUACCCCAUCUCGCGGCAACACUCCCGUCCAUCACAGCUUGUCCAUUGGCUCCUCCCGAAUGAACAAAACUCCUUUCGAGGACAAAAUUCCCGGUCCAUCUCCAACAGAAAAGAAGAAGAAACUAAUUGAACUUUUUCAAGAGAGCUUCAAAAAUGAUGACGACGAUGACAAUGCAGUAAAGCCAACUACACCUAGUCUCCCUCCAAAAUCUGUCAACGGUACUCCUUCUGUCCCUGCAACUAAUUCCGUCUCUAGUAGCGAAAGGACAGCAAACGGAGAUGUUGCAACUGAGAAAGAGAAACCAAUUAGGUCUGUGCAGUGCUGCCUUCCCAGCUUAGUUUCUUGCCGUAGCUCGAGUCAGAGGAAGAAGAUGAGCCCUACCAUUGCUGUAGUUGAUAAAGUUUGAUCCUGGUAUUUUUCAUACAAUGUAAAUGGAAGAAGCCCGAGAACUUGCCAAGUUGCGAAACUUAGACCUCAAUGUUCUGUGUAAAGUCCAAGAGAUAGUUCCCUGUUGUUGAAAUUAAGAAUUUUGGGAUGGAGGGCAUGUAAAGAGAGAAGAAAAAGUCCUAUGCUAUGAGAAAUUACUACAGCACAACCGCAAGUUGAUAAUGCAUAUUUAAACACAAGUUGUUACAACUUGCAUGUUACUUGGUUA